UCAUCUAUCGUCAGAUGAAGUCAAGAAUGAAGAUGUGAGAGGAAACUUCAGGAGUCAAGGCAAACCUAAGAGACAGAGAGGCAGCCACAUGGUCAAGAAGAGGGAUAAACCCAUUCCUUGCCAAGGGGAAAAUUUCCAUGAAGUAAUUCACGUGGUGGAGGAAACAUACAAGUGUCUGGAAUGUGGAAUGAGCUUCCCAGAUCAAACCCAGUAUAAUGUCCAUUUACGAGUGCACAGUGGAAACAAGACCCAUCAAGGCCUGGAGGGUGGAAAGACCAUGAUUCACAGAGCAGAGCUCCUUAGACAUCUAAGAGCAAAUACAGGAGAGAAACCUUAUAGCUGCUCAGUCUGUGGCAAGACCUUUUCAGAGAAAUCAGACCUUGUUCAACACCAAAGGAUUCACUCAGGAGAGAAGCUAUUUAUCUCCUCAGAGGCUGAAAUGCCGGUCUCUGAUGGAAGGACGCGUUAUGUACACUUCUCAAAGCAUAGUCUAAUGAAGGCACAUAAAUGCUUUCAGUGUGGAAAGUACUUCAGAUACAGAUCACAGCUCUUCGUGCACCAAAGGAUCCACACAGGGGAGAAGCCCUUUGAAUGCUCAGAGUGCGGAAUGAAAUUCAGUAGGAGUGACAAUCUUCACCAGCAUCUAAAAAUCCAUACAGGUGAGAAGCCUUUUGAAUGCUCAUACUGUGGAAAGAGAUUCAGUCUAAGUGGCUCUCUUCUAGAGCAUCAAACAACCCACACAGGGGACAAACCUUUUCAAUGCUUGCAGUGUGGAAAGAAAUUCAGUCGAAGUGGCACCCUUCAACAGCAUCAAAGAAUCCACACAGGGGAGAAACCUUUUGAAUGCAUAGAGUGUAGAAAGCGAUUCAGUUCUAGUAGCGAUUUUCAAAAGCAUAUAAGAACCCAUACAGGUGAGAAGCCUUUUGCAUGCACAGAGUGUGGGAAGAGAUUCAGUCAGCAUGGCCAUCUUCGACAGCAUCAAAGAACCCACAAAGGGGAGAAGGCUUUUGAAUGCUCAGAAUGUGGGAAGAGAUUCAGUCGAAGUGGCAAUCUUCAACAGCAUCAAAGAACCCACACAGGGGAGAAACCUUUUGAAUGCUCCGAGUGUGCAAAGAGAUUCAGUAGGAAAGACUCUCUUCAGAAUCAUCUAAGAACCCACACGGGGGAGAAGCCUUUUGAAUGCUCAGAAUGUGGGAAGAGAUUCAGUCAGAGUGGUGCUCUUCAGCAGCAUCAAAGAACCCACACAGGGGAGAAGCCCUUUCAAUGCUCAGAGUGUGGGAAGAGAUUUAGUCUCAGUGGCCAUCUUCAACAGCAUCAAAAAUCCCACACAAAGGAGAAACCUUUUGAAUGCUCAGAGUGUAGAAAGAGAUUCAAUCACAGUUGCGAUCUUCAGAAUCAUCUAAGAACUCACACAGGGGAGAAGCCUUUUGAAUGUUCCGAGUGUGGGAAGAGUUUUAGUCACAGUAGCACUCUUCACAAACAUCUAAGAACCCACACGGGG